AUGGCCUUUAUUGUUGAAUUGUGGGAAUCUGUGUUCACGCCAGGAACCACUCCUGCGUUGAUAACCGCUACACAUGCCUCCUUCAUAUUGUUGAUCAUAUCGUUGAUCGUCUUGAUUUUCCUUAGUAAAUCGAUCCACUUUGUCAAUUUAUUGGUGAUUGCCAUUUUAUUGUAUGGAUCGGUCAUCUGGUUCAUCAAUGAAUUGAAGAACACCCAGUUGAAGAGCAAUGAGGAGUUGGAGAAGGACUCGAAAGAAGAAGAAAAAGGAGCGAAAACCGAGUCCCAAGACGAACCAAAGGUUGAGAAGAACGUCGAGAAGAAGCCCGAGUCUUUGGCUACUGGAGUGAAGGUUGCCAGCCCAGUCAAGAAGAGAAAGGUCUAA